GCAGCCAGGCGGCCGCUGCCUCCUGCCCGAGCCGCCGCAGCCGGGACGCGCCGCCGGGAUGGCCGCGCCGGCGGCCCCCAGCCUCUUGCUGCUGCUGGCUGGCGCUGCGGGGCUCAGCCGGGCCUUCUUCUCGCUGCCGCUCCGCGUGUCCCAGCCGGCCGCCCCCCGCGCCUCGCCUCCCGCCCCGCUGCCGCUGCGACCGGGGAGCGCCGGAGGAGGGCAGCGGGAUGCCCCGGGCGAGGGAGGCGGCCUGGCCCUGGCCUCCGACCCCGUGGGCAGUCUCAACUUUUUGGCCAUGGUGGAGAAUCUGCAGGGGGACUCCGGCAGAGGAUACUACCUGGAGAUGCUGAUCGGCACCCCGCCGCAGGCGUUAAAUAUUCUGGUUGACACUGGAAGCAGUAAUUUUGCUGUAGCAGGUGUGCCUGAUCCUGAUGUCACCUCCUACUUCAAUACAGCUCUGUCAAGUACAUACAAAUCACAAGGGAUUGAAGUCACAGUUAAGUAUAGUCAAGGAAGCUGGACCGGAGUGCUGGGUACAGAUGUCAUUACUAUCCCAAAGGGAAUUGAUGGCAGCUACACCAUCAACAUUGCUACCAUUCUUGAAUCGGAGAAUUUCUUCUUACCAGGGGUUAAAUGGCACGGGAUUCUUGGUCUUGCCUAUGACACCUUAGCCAAGCCUUCAAGUUCUGUGGAGACGUUCUUUGAUUCUCUUGUGAGGCAGGCAAAGAUCCCCAACAUUUUCUCCUUGCAGAUGUGUGGUGCUGGACUGCCUGUUUCUGGAAGUGGUACCAACGGAGGUAGUCUUGUUCUAGGUGGCAUUGAACCAAGUCUCUACAAGGGUAAUAUAUGGUACACACCUAUCAAAGAGGAAUGGUAUUAUCAGGUUGAAAUUCUCAAGCUGGAGGUUGGAGGACAGAAUCUUGAACUGGAUUGCAGAGAGUAUAAUGCUGACAAAGCGAUAGUAGACAGUGGGACCACCCUCCUCCGUCUGCCCCAGAAAGUCUUCAUUGCUGUUGUGCAAGCAAUAGCUCGCACAUCCCUGAUACAAGAAUUCUCUUCUGGCUUCUGGACUGGUUCACAACUUGCAUGCUGGGAUAAAAAUGAAAGACCUUGGUCCUUAUUUCCCAAACUCUCUAUUUACAUGAGGGAUGAGAACUCUAGCAGGUCAUUUCGGAUCUCUAUCCUACCGCAGCUUUACAUUCAACCCAUCCUUGGAAUAGGAGAGAACUUGCAGUGCUACCGAUUUGGGAUCUCUUCCUCCACAAAUGCCUUGGUUAUUGGUGCUACAGUCAUGGAAGGCUUCUAUGUAAUCUUUGACAGAGCUCAGAGGAGAGUGGGCUUUGCAGUGAGUCCAUGUGCAGAGGUUGAUGGCUCUCCGGUGUCUGAGAUUGAAGGCCCUUUCACAACCACAGAUGUUGCAAGCAACUGUGUUUCUAGCAUUACUUUCCACGAACCAGUGUUGUGGAUUGCCUCCUAUGCUCUCAUGAGCCUGUGUGGAAUUAUCCUCCUUGUACUGAUCAUCCUGCUGCUUAUUCCACCACGGUGUCAGCAUCGCUACACUGACAAUGACGUGGUCAACGAUGAGUCCUCCUUGGUGAGACAUCGAUGGAAAUGAGAAACUUGAUGGUGAAACUUAGGACUUCAACAGAAUGAAAGACAAAGUACUUUGCCAAGGGGAAGAAGCCAAUGCCUCAAUCCUUUCUACAUCCAUUACAAAUUGCUGUGGAAAGCCCUCCAAAUACUCUGCAUCAUAACUUUUUAAGCUUUAUUUUCUAACACUGAUUCUGAACCAAAGCACUGUUAACCACCUCUUAAGUGCUACGGUACUGGAUUUGCUACUACAGUAAGAUGAGCCUUUAUGCUCUCGAUAGUACCUAUUUUUUUUUUUUUAAGGAAAAAAACCCUACACCAUGAUGUUCUUCCACUAUCUGAACAAAAUUGUCCAUUCCUCUUUCAUAAAAAAAGGAGUUAUCAAAAUUUUCUAACUGAUCAAACCCUGACUGUAGAAAAAGAGAAAAAAAAUUAAUAACCUUUCUUACUAAUCACAUUAAAUGAAUACUGCAUUGUGUUUACAUCAGUUCAUUUUGAAGCUGUGCUUAUGGUGCGGGGGAAAGAGAAAGGUCAGACACACGCAGCAGUUAAAGCAAGUGAGGUCAAGAAGAAGUGGUGGUUUAGGUUUUCCUUCCUCAAGAUGUCUGCUGCCACUUGAGGGGUCACCAUUCCCAGGUGUCAUUGCUAAAUAGUUUGAGGAGGUAAAAACUGGGAAACAAACUUGUUCUGCCUUAGUGUAAAACAAGACUACCUCUCUUAAUUCACAAGGAUGCUACCACUGGUAAGCAUGUGACUUAGAACUGGUCUUAAAACACAUGACGUCCCAUGCAACCAAAUGUAACUCCUGCGCUUCUUAGUAGUUGAUGUUAGAGAAAUUAAUACUUAAUAACUUUCCACUCUGGUGCACAAAAAAAGCUUUUCAGUUUUCCCCCUAUUGUGGGGUUUUGUAUGGUUAUUUUUUGUUUAAUUCAGGAUGACUGAUAUUUAGAAAAGGCUGGAUUGCAUAUGUAUAGAUACUAUAAACCUAAGGUCCAUGUUCUAUUGUGUCUUUUCCUAUUUCUAGUGAGUGUGUAACAAAAAGAAAACAAAAUGAGAAAGACAACCAAUUUUUUGCAGAGCUCAGCAAUGUAGAAGUCCAAGAGAAAAGUCUUUCCUCACGGGCAGACUGUGAAGUGAAAAUCUUAAUGCUGGCUUGUUUUUAAACACAAGCAGCAGUUGGAGGUUUUAGUUUACCUUCACUGGUGUGACAGGCAAAUGAAAAAUUUCUGUAUAGACUAUCUGAACACAAACAUGCAGUAAGACUGAAAACAAUAGUGGGAGAGAUCAGGAAGGAAUGUAUUUGACCAGACCUCCACUGUGCAAGCAUAGAUCUUAAUGCUGAGGUCGGAACACAGUAUUUUCUUUGCAGAUAGAACAAUUUUUCAUGUAUUUAGUCAGUGAGCGCUGUACCUCCAUUGCUUUUCUAGAGCAUUUGCAUAGUGAGUUCAAAAGAUAAACAAUGCAAGGUUGAACAGUCCACUGAUAACAAAUCAUCUCUUUGAAAAAUAACAGAAAAAAAUCUUUUGCAUUUCAAUAGCAGAGCAGUUUACAAAUCUGUGAGUAACAAGAAAGUGGUAAAAAAGGAAGCUUAGCUCAGAAUCUCCCAAUCUGUCACCUAGAAAUUUUUCUGCCUCUAAUCCCUUCCUGCAGCUUUCUGAUUCAUACUGCCUUUGCUUCUGACUCUGAAGGGAACAAGUGGAUUUUUUAUUUUUUUUUUCCAGGAUGGUGCUUUUACAGAGGUGUGCGUAUUACGUGUGAAAAUAAAGCGCCGUUGUUUUUUAGCUAAUGCGUAUAUCACUUCAUAACUAGAAGUGCCUGUGGUUUUCUUUCCUUUUUAAUUCCUGUGUUUCCAAACUGCUUGACUGCAUAGGGUAAAAUGAUUCAUGUUCUGAUCUAACAUCUGAAAAUGAUUUAUCUUAGAAUUAAGAGUUGGAAGUGGAAGGAAGUUUUGAGUUUGCCUCAUUCCUGCUCUGCCUCUUAGCAUUUAAGAGGAAAACAACAAUUGCGAGGAACAUAAGAAAUACAGAGUUUAGGUGUUUUCUGCCUAAUAUACCUUCCAUAUGUCUCUUUCUUCAUGUCUUUUUACUUUUUACUUCAUGUCUUUUUAAACAGGAUUUUUAGUACACUUUAUAACAAAAUGUUGUUCCUUUGGGUUUUCCUUACAGCAAAAGACUUUGCUUCAUUUUCAGUUCUCGGAUUCAGUUCCACGUAGUCCUCCUGGGUUUGGUUUGAUGCAUAACAAACCUUUUCAAAGUUGUAUUCCUUCUUGUAUAGUAUAGUAAUAUAAGUAAUGCUUUUGUCACCUGUUUCAAACAGAAACAUGCUGUGCAUGUUUGGAUUGAUAUAGUAGUAAACAAAGAGCCCUUUUUCAAUUCAGAAAGCACCAACAGUAUAUGCUCGCAGAAUGCAUUAACUUCUUCUGUUUCCCUCUUCCCUCCUCUCUCUUUAUCACAAGGAGUUUUAGGAAGGAAUUUAUUGGGAAAGGUUCCUGCUAUGCUUCUGACGACAAGCUAGAGUUGUUCUGAGUUGUUUAACAAAGUCUUCUUAGUGUAGAAAAUUCCACAUAAAAGCCUUUCAGUUUUACCCUUUCAUUUUGAAUGUCAUUGGUCAAGACAUUUUAAUAGAAAUACUUGAAUUAUAUGAGCAAUAAUCAAGUAGGACAAAUGAAAUAGUGAUAUAUUCUUGAGUUUUCAUGGCAUCCCUUGCCACUCAAAUUUAGUUUAUAGUAAAAUGCUGUCAGUGACAUCUACUAGCAGCAGAAAAUUCAUCUCAGCUUGUAAAUUGAUACUUACAUUGGCAGAUAUUCAGGUGAGUAUUGCUUUGUUGCUCUGGCAACAAGAAGAGCAAUAGAAACCCUUGAGGGUUGAUUUUUAGCCUACAGCACAUUAAGAAAAAUAAUGCUUUUGAGCAUUUUUCCAUGAAAGAUGAAAUA